GGAGCUUGGUUCAGAUUACUGUCAGUCAUACUCUGGCUGCAAUUACUUCGUCACUUACACUCCUCCGAGGAAUAGCUGCUGCGCCGCCUCCACGGGAAAGAAGUCGAAAGCGCUGGGAGGUAGCAGUCACUACCAUGCCAAAGAAUAAAGGUAAAGGAGGUAAAAACAGGCGUAGGGGUAAGAAUGAAAAUGAAUCUGAAAAAAGAGAAUUGGUGUUUAAAGAGGAUGGACAAGAGUAUGCUCAGGUAAUUAAAAUGUUGGGAAAUGGACGAUUAGAAGCUAUGUGUUUUGAUGGUGUAAAGAGAUUAUGUCAUAUCAGAGGAAAAUUGAGAAAAAAGGUUUGGAUAAAUACCUCCGACAUUAUAUUGGUUGGUCUUCGAGACUACCAGGAUAACAAAGCUGAUGUAAUUUUAAAGUACAAUGCUGAUGAAGCUAGAAGUCUGAAGGCAUAUGGCGAGCUUCCAGAACAUGCUAAAAUCAAUGAAACAGAUACAUUUGGUCCUGGAGAUGAUGAUGAAAUCCAGUUUGAUGAUAUUGGAGAUGAUGACGAAGACAUUGAUGAUAUCUAAAUUGAACUCAGAGUUUGUGAGGAUUAUUCUACAAUUUCAGUUUUGGCCAACGCCUGUUAAGAAGACUAAAACUUCAUUUAUGAAUUUAGUUUGUUAAGAUACACUGAUUUAUUUUCAUUGUUUUGAAGUAUUAUAUUUCUCUAAAAACUGAUGAAACUGAAUUACUUUAAGUGAAAUUUUAACACUUUAUUCUUUUGAUGUAAUUGAAUUUAGGAAUUAAAGACUACAAUAUCUGCUGUUAAAUAAUAGAAACAAGUCAUUCCCACUGUGACUACUUUAUUCUAGUUAAUGUUUUGAAUAAAUUGCCUUAUCAUUAUAGGUUUUGAUAAAGCCUUGUUUCAGCUAGUCUGUUUUCAGUCUUUCUGUAUAUUCUAGUUAACUAGAUGUUUUCUAAGAUUUUUUAUGUAAUUUAAGAAAGGUAUAAGUCUACACUUAAAGUCAAGAAAUGGGACUAUUUUCAUAUUUAUGUAGUCAUAUGUAUUUUUAUACUAAGUUUGAUAACUUAAGUAUUCUUUUCAUCAUUAUAUGUUGCCACCAUCAUAAAAAAAAAGCAUUUCCAAAAUGCAGUUUUUAGAACAUGGGUUUGAAAAGCAAUUUUCAAUUUGUAAGAUUAGUAGUUGCAAAAAUUAGUGCUAGGUAACCCAAUUACUUUCACAUUCGAAGUAUUGACAUAUUAGUUUAGUUUUUUACUUAAGGUGUAUAGAAAAUUUCUCAAGAUAGCUUUUGAUGGUGAAAUAAGUACAGUAUUUUUUAUUAUACAGAAUAGGUUGUGUUAAAUAUGUCAUUUAUUGUCAAAAGUAAUAUGCAUUGUAACCCAUAGUUUUGGGCUUUAUGAACAAUUAAAUUACAAUGUAUAAAUGAAAAACUAAUUGUAAGUUCUGUUAAACUAAGCCUUUCUUAAAGCCUUAGCUGGGUUUUAUAAAAGGGGAAGAAAGGAACCACCACUGAGAAAUAUAAUAUGUUGUUGAGAA